AUGGAAGCGGAGGCGAGGGUGGUCCAGGAAAAGGCCGAGCAGCAGAUGGCCGAGGCGGUGCGCGAGCGCGGCGACGCAGCCCGCGCGCUGCAUCAGGGCGGCAGCGGGUGCGGGUGCCCGUUGCUGGCAGUGCGGAUCGCGAAGGACCAGGAGAUCGUCAGUCUCCUGCAGGGGCUCACCGACGCACUGUUGGUGGUCGGCGAGCUUCAGCCCCAGCAACUUUCGACGGGCGCCCGAAUUGCGUUCAAGGAUGUCGACGAUGCGGAUUAUCAGGAGUUCGCGAUGGAUGGGUGGGCCUUAGAGAGCGACCAGGCGCUGCCCAAAGUCAUGCCAUCUACGCCGCUGGCAGACGCGGUGCCACCGCCCAAGAAGAAAGCGCCUUUGCAAUCCACCUUGUUCAAAUUCGGCACGAUGAAGGUAAAGGCCGCCGCCGGCAGAGGAGUUCAGGUCAAAGGCAGAACUUCCAUUCAGGAGGCGCCCGAACCCUUCAAGUGCGAAGUUCGCGGGGGCACGUUCAAAAACGAGGCGGGGCUGAUGGGGCGCGCUUGGUCUGACAUCUGCGCCAAUCACGAGAAUGAGCUGCGCAAGGCUUGGGAGAAAUCUGGGUGCUCUUUGACCUUGGACGGCCGUCGCGAUCAUCAUUGCAGGAUCCUCGACGCGCCCGACUGGAAACCGCUUCCGCCCGACCACGUGGUUACAGGCGACCGGCGCGCCUGCGUUGCUGCCGCGCUGGCAAGGCGGGAGGACCGCGCCCAGGGCCCCCCGGCGGGCCCGGAGGAGCCGCAGGUGGAGUCCGACGCGGAAUCUUCGUCGUGGUCGAGCAGUUCCAGCAGUUCGUCCUCGUCCUCGUCCACGCAGAGCGAGGAUGGCGACGCCGACCCUGUGGGCGACGCCAUCGCCAUAGACGCCGGGGAGUUCGCGCUUCGCAGUGACUCCAUUGCUUUCUUCUCGGUGGCCGCGCUGAGACGGCAGCUUGGGCGCGGCGGGCCGCAGCCUGCCGGCGCGGGGGGCGGAGGCUGCGACCCCGACCUCGCGGGCCCGCCGGGCGGCGUGGAGGAGCUGCGGCGCGAGAACGCGGAGCUGCAGGAGCAGCUGGAGCGGCAGGCCCAGAUCGUUCUGCAGCUGAGGCAGAAGAGCAUGGCGGCUACCUGCGAGAACGGCUCGGCCAGGCUGGGGCCGCAGAGCGUCGAGGCCGCCGCGGGCGAGCGGCAGCUGGUGGACCGCAUCCGUGUGGACCCAGUGCAGACCAGCGCCGUCAGUUGUGGAAGCUCGCAUGGGGUCAUGCCGCACGUCGGCGGCUUCUGGCUCGCGCUGCUCGGGCUCGCCUGCCCGGCCGCCUGCACCUCCUGCGCGUUCGCGCGCCUGGCCGAGAGGGCUGCGCAGGGCUACGUGCCCGUGACCGAGUGA